UUUUCUGUUCUGUUUUUGUCCGAGUGGGUGUUACACUGUGAAGAGGGGGCAUAAAUGCUAUAGAGAAUCAAGAAAGUCUUGCAGUGAACAAGCAAGUCUGAUUACAGCAGAGAGAACAAACCUUUAGAUUUAACAGGACAGAGAGACAGAGGGUUAGUCAGGUGAAGACAUCCAGAAACAGGUAGAACCUGAGAGCAGAGACAACCAUGGCCACCAGGAAGAGAGGAAAAUCUUUUUUUGAAUUAUGGAGGAGAAACAAGGAGAGAGGAGCGGUUCUAAAGAGAACCAAUCAACUGAGAACAUCCCACCUGAGACGGUUGCUAGGCAACACAGAAGCAAGGGUGGUACUCCAAAAUGUCAAUAUGGCACCUCUGUUGCCCCCUGUUGGUGCGGAGGUGUUUAGACGUUUAACACCAGCUUCACUGGAGGAAAUUCAACGACGGCAUGAAGCUGAAGAGAGAGAGCAGCAAAGCAGAAAGGAGCAGAAGAUCGAGAUAGCAGAGGAAAAUCUUCCUAAACCAGCAAGUGAUCUGGAAGCUGGGAAGCCCCUGCCCUUUAUUUAUGGAGACCCACCCCCAGAGUUUCUCAACAUCCCAUUGGAGGAGUUGGACCCCUUCUACCAAUCACAGAAGACCUUCAUCAUACUCAGUAAAGGAAACAUCAUCUACAGGUUUAAUGCUGAUCCUGCCUGUUACCUGCUGAGUCCUUUAAACCCUCUGAGGAUCUUCUCCAUCAGGAUCCUCAUCCAUUCUUUAUUCAGUCUCUUCAUCAUGGUGACAAUCCUGACCAACUGUGUGUUCAUGACCAUGAGUGAUCCUCCAGCAUGGAGCAAGACGGUGGAAUACGUGUUCACAGGGAUCUACACGCUCGAGGCAACCAUCAAAGUGUUGUCCAGAGGAUUCUGUGUGGGAGACUUCACCUUCCUGAGAGAUCCGUGGAACUGGCUGGACUUCAUGGUCAUCAGCAUGGCAUACCUGACAGAGUUUGUUGACUUGGGAAAUGUUUCUGCACUGAGGACUUUCAGAGUUCUCCGAGCCCUGAAAACGAUCACAGUAAUCCCUGGUUUAAAGAUGAUUGUCGGAGCUCUCAUCCAAUCAGUGAAGAAGCUGCGUGACGUCAUGAUUCUGACCGUGUUUUGUCUCAGUGUCUUUGCUCUGAUUGGUCUUCAGCUUUUCAUGGGAAACCUUAGACAAAAAUGUGUACUGAUCCCACCACAGUCACUCAACAACCACACAUCAGAGGAAGCAUCCAACAUCAGUCUCUAUGGAAACAACAGCACUGACUAUGAUUACUACAUGCACAUUAACGACCCAGAGAAUUACUACUACCUACCUGGUCAACCUGAUGCUUUGCUGUGUGGAAACAGCUCUGAUUCAGGAACCUGUCCAGAUGGCUACAUGUGUCUGAAGACCGGGAGAAACCCAAACUACGGUUAUACCAGCUACGACUCUUUCAGCUGGGCGUUUCUGGCGCUGUUCAGACUCAUGACCCAGGACUACUGGGAAAACCUGUUCCACCUGACACUGCGAGCAGCAGGCAAAACCUACAUGAUCUUCUUCGUGGUCAUCAUUUUCCUUGGUUCCUUCUACCUCAUUAAUCUCAUCCUGGCGGUGGUUGCCAUGGCGUACGCUGAGCAGAACGAGGCUAACAUUGCUGAGGCCAAACAAAAAGAAGAGGAGUACGCCCAGAUCCUGGAGGCGCUGAAGAAGAGAGAAGAGGAGCAGUUGGCCAACAGGGCAGCACUCUUGGAAAAAGAAGACUCUGCAUCACAGAGCCAUGAACAGGAGCACACUAUGAUGGACGACUUUGAUGACGACCAGAGACCAUGUCCUCCAUGCUGGUAUGUGUUUGCUGAUAUCUUCCUGAAGUGGAACUGUUGCAGCUGUUGGAGAUGGCUGAAAAAAGUUCUCUAUACUAUUGUCAUGGAUCCAUUUGUGGACCUCACCAUCACCAUCUGCAUUGUCCUCAACACCGUCUUCAUGGCCAUGGAGCAUUAUCCGAUGACUGAGGAGUUCGAGGAGCUUCUCAGCAUUGGAAAUCUGGUCUUUACAGGGAUCUUUACAGCCGAGAUGGUUCUCAAACUUCUGGCAAUGGAUCCAUAUCAUUACUUCCAGGUGGGCUGGAACAUCUUUGACAGCAUCAUUGUCACCAUGAGUCUUGUGGAGCUGGGGCUGGCUAACGUUCAGGGUCUGUCUGUGCUGCGGUCCUUCAGAUUGAUGAGAGUCUUUAAGCUGGCCAAAUCAUGGCCGACUCUCAACAUGUUGAUAAAGAUUAUCGGGAACUCUGUGGGAGCGCUGGGAAACUUAACGCUGGUACUCGCCAUUAUUGUCUUCAUCUUCGCUGUCGUUGGGAUGCAGCUGUUUGGAAAGAGCUACCAAGAUUGCGUCUGUCGCAUUUCAUCCGACUGUGAGCUUCCUCGCUGGCACAUGAACGACUUCUUUCAUGCCUUCCUCAUCAUCUUCAGGGUUCUUUGUGGCGAGUGGAUUGAGACCAUGUGGGACUGUAUGGAGGUCGCAGGGCAGUCUAUGUGUCUGAUUGUCUUCAUGAUGGUGCUGGUGAUUGGCAACCUGGUGGUCCUGAAUCUGUUCCUGGCCUUGUUGCUGAGCUCAUUCAGUGGUGGCAAUCUUUCUGCUCCAGAAGACGAAGGAGAAAACAAUCUCCAGAUUGCGAUAAACCGGAUCAGCAGGGCUAUAGCCUGGACCAAGACCUGGUUCCUCAAACAUAUCUGGACUGUGGUGUUAAAGAAGAACAAUGUGAAUGCAGACACAACUGCUGUGACCUGCGAGGAAGGCGGUAAAUCGAAGGAAGCUUUAGCUCUAACAAUCAUAACUUUAGAACAGCCAAUGGUACAAGUCCAAACCCCGAGAAUUGACGUUUCCAACCUGAGCAGCUACUACCAAAACAUCACAUCUCUCAAGGUCCCCAUUGCUGAGGCCGAGUCUGACUUUGAGAUUCCUGAUAAUGAAGAUGAUGAGGAGGAUGAGGAUAAUAUAGAAGAACAGCUCCAUCAAGGUGAUGAGGGUUCGGUCUGCAGCACCGUGCAGAGACUUCCUGAAGUCCCAAAGGAAGAAGAAGAAGAUGACACUCCUGAAGACUGUUGCACAGAAAAGUGUUACAGUCGCUGUCCGUGGCUGGAUAUAGACAUGUCCCAGAACAGAGGAAAGUUCUGGUAUAAUUUCAGGAAAACUUGCUUCACCAUCGUAGAGCACAACUACUUUGAGACGUUCAUCAUCUUCAUGAUCCUGCUGAGCAGUGGAGCGCUGGCUUUUGAGGACAUCUACAUUGAGCAGCGCCGGGUCAUCAAGAUAAUUCUGGAAUAUGCAGAUCAGGUUUUCACUUACGUGUUUGUGGUGGAGAUGGUUCUCAAGUGGGUUGCCUAUGGUUUCAAGACCUACUUCACCAACGCUUGGUGCUGGCUGGACUUCCUCAUUGUAGAUGUGUCUCUGGUGUCACUGACAGCAAACAUUCUGGGAUACUCUGAGCUGGGGGCCAUCAAGUCUCUGAGGACUCUGAGAGCACUAAGGCCUCUCAGGGCCUUGUCUCGCUUUGAGGGCAUGAGGGUGGUGGUUAAUGCCUUGGUUGGUGCCAUACCCUCGAUCUUCAAUGUGCUGCUGGUCUGUUUGAUCUUCUGGCUCAUUUUUAGCAUCAUGGGUGUGAACCUGUUUGCAGGGAAGUUUUAUUACUGUUUCAACAAAACAUCAGAGGACGUGUUCCACAUUGACCAAGUCAACAAUAAGACCGAGUGUUUCGAGCUGAUUCAGCAAAACUUCACCGAGGUCCACUGGAAGAACAGCAAGAUCAACUUCGACAACGUAGGGAUGGGCUACCUAUCACUGCUACAAGUGGCCACGUUUAAAGGCUGGAUGAACAUCAUGUAUUCAGCGGUGGAUUCCAGACAGGUGGAGUCCCAGCCAUAUUACGAGGACAACCUGUAUAUGUACAUGUACUUUGUGUGCUUCAUCAUCUUUGGCUCCUUCUUCACCCUCAACCUCUUCAUCGGAGUCAUCAUCGACAAUUUCAACCAGCAGAAAGCAAAGCUCGGAGGAACAGAUUUAUUUAUGACUGAAGAACAGAAGAAAUACUACAAUGCCAUGAAGAAACUGGGCUCAAAGAAGCCUCAGAAACCUGUUCCUCGACCUAAAAACAAGUUUCAGGGUCUAGUCUUUGACCUUGUGACCAAACAGUUUUUUGAUAUCCUCAUUAUGGUGUUGAUCUGCCUCAACAUGGUGACAAUGAUGGUGGAAACAGAUGAACAGAGUCAGGAGAAGGAAGCCAUUCUGUACUGGGUCAACCUCGUCUUCAUCAUCAUCUUCACCACAGAGUGCUGCCUCAAGAUGAUCGCUCUGCGGAAGCACUACUUUAAUGUCGGCUGGAACAUAUUUGAUUUUGUGGUGGUUAUACUGUCCGUCAUUGGCCUUCUUCUUGCUGACAUAAUCGAGAAGUAUUUUGUUUCUCCCACUCUCUUCCGUGUGAUCCGAUUGGCUCGCAUUGGCCGGAUCCUUCGUCUCAUUCGGGGAGCCAAGGGAAUCCGAACGCUGUUAUUUGCCUUAAUGAUGUCACUUCCUGCCCUCUUCAACAUUGGCCUGCUCCUCUUCCUCAUCAUGUUCAUUUUCUCCAUCUUCGGCAUGUCUAACUUUGCCUACGUGAAGAAGGAGGGCAUGAUUGACGACAUCUUCAACUUUGAGAGCUUUGGGAAUAGUAUGAUCUGUAUGUUCAUGAUCACUACGUCAGCUGGAUGGGAUGGUCUGCUAUAUCCUAUCAUGAACACACCUCCUGACUGUGAUCCAUACUUUGAAAACCCAGGCUCACCUGUCAAAGGAAACUGUGGUAGCCCAGCAGUGGGCAUCGUCUUCUUCACCUCAUACAUCAUCAUGUCCUUUUUGGUGGUGGUCAACAUGUACAUUGCCAUCAUCCUGGAGAACUUUAAUGUUGCCACAGAAGAGAGCUCAGAUCCACUGUCUGAGGAUGACUUUGAUAUGUUCUAUGAAACCUGGGAGAAGUUUGACCCUCAAGCUUCGCAAUUCAUACACUACAGUGAGCUGUCAGACCUCUGUGAUGCUCUACAGGAUCCCAUGAGGAUUCCCAAACCCAAUACCAUCAAACUGAUACAAAUGGAUCUGCCUUUAGUUCCAGGAGACAAGAUCCACUGUAUGGACAUCCUGCUAGCCCUCACUGCAGAGGUUUUGGGUGAAUCUGAGGCAAUGGAUGCUCUAAAGGCCACCAUAGAGGAGAAAUUCAUGGCCAGCAAUCCCUCAAAGGUGCUGUAUGAACCAAUCAGCAACACCUUGCGCAGGAAACAUGAGGAGUUGGCUGCAACAUUGAUCCAGAGAGCCUACAGGAGACACCUCCUGCAGCGAGUGCUCAAACUAGCGUCCUACAAGUACAGAGAGAGGACAGAGGGACGGCAAGACGAUCUGUCUCCACCAGAGACAGAAGGAUUCCUCUGUAAACGAAUGAACCAGCUGUACGGAGACAGCGAGACAGUUGCAGCUGCAUCAGAUGAAGGCCGGAGCAUCCAUGUGGAGCCACAGAGGGACAUUCUCCUCCACUCUGCUCCUCCACACAGCGACUGCAACUUUCUACAAGAUGAGAGCCUGACAGAGUCGAUGAUUCAGUCUCAGACAAACUCAAAUCAGGAGUGUUUCUUGUCAAAGAUGUAGCAGACUGACUCCUCUGUUAGCUUCAGCUUCCCUGAAGAUGAAGGUUUCAUCACAAAGACAUGUCCAGAGCCUAACCCAAUCCCUUCAUCUCCUGAACCCGGAUACGUUUUCUCUGUUUAGCAGAAUUUCAUUCAGAUGCUCAGUUUGACUUGAAAACCCACAGAGAAAAUGAUUCUGGGUUCUUAUUAAAAAAAAAUAAUAAUGACGUUCCCAAACAGCGCUUCACUUCACUGCUCACCAUUUCAAAUCAAAUAUAUUUUCACUUAUCCUUCGUUUUUUCCUUCUAAUUGGUGGAUGUUGAUGUGGUGCAGCUCUGAAGGAUCCCAUGGUUGCUGAGACUGAAGUAGUAAACACCAAAUCAGAGAAGGUUUGUAUAAUGUGACAUUUCAAGCGGUUGGAGCAUGUUGCUGUAGGAACCACUCAGAUCCAUCAGACAGAACACUGAAAGCCCACUUUUACCACGUGACUCAUGAAAAUAUAACCAGGCUGCUGUCAUGGAGAAUCAAAAUGUCUUAAAUCAACGAGUAAAGCCAGUUAUCUGCUGAACACCGGGAGAUCCAGGCUGAGCGUUUACUAGUAGAUGUUUGUCUUCAGUUCAGGACUGUAUGUCUGCACAUUAAUCUUAUCAACGGUUAAUGAUGUAAUGAAUUCAGAGAGCUCUGACAGUUCAUACCUGGUUUAAGGUAGCACCUCCUUCCACCAGCAAACACCCUGCCCUGCAUGUAAGAGGAAAACCCUCCCUCAUCACCCGGGUCAUAACCCAGCUGACUGGUAACAAGGUCUCUCUUUCUGCAGGUGAUGAUAACUAACUGUGAUGUCAUCACAGGUGUAAAAGUGAUUUUUGGCUAAAUGGAACAAGUUUAAACAGCGCUAGUCCUGUUUCAACCAAAUCUUAUCAGACACGUACUAUUAAAAGUGUAACUGCAGUAAAUUCUUUCUUUCUUUGUAUUUUUUAAGAAGUAUCCGUGAUGUAGCGUUGCUCGAUGCACAGAUUGGUAUUCAGAUGAAACACCAGUUAUUUUGUUCUGUACAGGAAGUCAUCACAGGUGUUUUUUCAAAAGAAAUAAUGUUGCUUCGUGUGAUUGUUGAGUUAAUGGAUGAAUUGGUAUAUUUUAAAUAUUGUACUUGCAAUAACAUGUAUAAAAUUAAAGCUUCAGAUUGUA